AUGUUUCCUCCUUUGGAUUAUUUUUCGUAUCGUCGCAUCCGCGACUCUAAGAGACAAGCACGGGCAAACCGUAUUGCCUCGCUGCCACCCCACUACCAUGCCCCCUUCAGUGCAUUUGACAAGUCGAUAAUCAACAAACCAAUCGAACAACUGGUGCAAGAUGUCCAGGACGAUUCGGUUGAUGCCGUCGAUGUUCUCCGCACGUACGGCAAGGUAGCUGUCAAGGCUCACGAGAAGACCAACUGUGUAACGGAACUGCUUGUUCCGGAAGCAGAGAAGUGGGCUCAAGAGGAGGUUAAUCUGGAGGGACCGUUGGCUGGCGUGCCUGUUUCUUUGAAGGAUACGGUCAUGGUUAAAGGGUUUGAGACUUCGGUUGGGUAUACGAAGUUCUGUGGGCAGCCGGAGAAGGAAGACGGUGUUAUGAUUAAGUUGUUGAAGGAUGCGGGUGCUGUUCCUUAUGCAAAAACCGCACUGCCGUCAACCCUUCUGUCAUUCGAGUCUGCAAACGCUCUCUGGGGCACUUGCAAGAACCCACACGUUCCCGCAUAUAGUCCAGGAGGCUCAACUGGCGGAGAAGCGGCUUUGCUCGCACUGGGAGGUCGUAUCGGUAUUGGUACCGAUGUUGCUGGCUCCGUUCGUGUUCCCGCUGCUUGGAGCGGUAUCUAUGCUCUCCGUUGCAGUACUGGUCGAUGGCCAAAGUCUGGUGGUAGGACCAGUAUGCCAGGACAGGAGGGUGUUCCUGCUGUGUAUAGUCCUAUGGCACGCACGUUGAAUGACCUGGCGUACUUUUCGCGGUCUAUCAUUGGGCUGCGGCCGUGGAAGUACGAUUACACAGUCCAUCCAAUUUCAUGGAGAGAGGAAGACGAGAAUGAAGCUAGAAGUAAGAAGCUGCGGAUUGGCGUGAUGUCCAAUGAUGGUGUCGUUCCUCCAACCCCAGCAAUCGAGCGUACCCUCUCGACCACUAUUGCCGCCCUCACCGCAGCCGGUCACACGGUAGUUGAGAUUACACCACCCGAGACUGCUGACACGUUCGCCGGCUUCAAUCUCGCUUCCCAGCUGCUAAACUCUGACGGCUGUGCCACGUUCAAUUCCUUCUUUCAUAGCUUCGAACCGUCCGACCCAGGUGCCGACCAACUCUCCCGGAUUGCCAACCUCCCCCGCCCCCUCCGUUAUCUCUACUACCUCUAUGUCCGUUAUGUUAAGCGCGAUAUGAAAUGGGCCACCCUGAUCCAAUCCUUCGGUCCCAAGUCGGCUGCCGAUAAUUGGAAACUUGUUUACCAGCGUGAGACGUACCGUGCCACCUGGCACGCCUGGUGGGAUACCGAGCCUCAGCAGUACGAUUUCAUCCUAUGUCCCGCCAACGCAACUCCAGCUCUUCCGCACAGAGCUAUGCGCGAUGCUGUUUCGUCGUGUGGAUACACUUUCCUCUGGAACCUACUUGAUUAUUCCGCGGGCGUGAUCCCAGUAUCUCACGUGGACGCCGUAAAGGAUGCGCUUGUCGCGCCAUACAAGACGAUCUUGAAGCGCCUCGAAUCCAACCAUGCUAUUGCACAGGGUGCGUGGAUGCACUACGAUGCAGCCAAGAUGGCGGGUCUCCCUACUGCCGUUCAGAUUGUCGGGAGACGAUGGCAGGAAGAGAAGGUGUUGGGAUACAUGGCUGCCGUGGAACAAGCGCUGGAGGAGUAUCGUGAUCCCCAGACCGGAAAGGAUGGGAAAUAUACUUUGCUUGAGAUUGAUUGA